UGCAUAAUUCACUAAAAUACGGGAGUGACAAGCGCAUUCUACAACCGCAUUAACUCCCGAAAAAUACAGGAAGUAUUUAAACGCGCAUCAGAAAUGUGUCUUCGUCUGUAUGUGAGAUGCAAGAAAAACACUAAAACACCCAAAUGCUUUGUUUUAUAACACACACACACAGACACACACACACACACACACACAAAAAAAUCAUAUAUCUCAUAUCCGCGACAGACCACUUUAUUAACUCCAUAAAGUGCCUAUCUUUAUGAGAUCAGACCAAACAACAUACCUAAAGGGCUUGUAAAUAGGACUUGGCAACACUGCAAGACAGCAGCCUCCCGAGCAUAAACAAAGCAGCGCGUCUAUCAGCGGUAGUUUAGUUAAAAUCGACGGACAAAAAAUAGCACAUAACAAACGGCUAAACUUUUAUUCUGAGUGCUGUUCUGUACACACAUUUAAAUGCGGUUGUCACUCCAGAAACUUGUGUAUGGCAUUAGCAUUUCUGCCAGCACUGGCUCGUAUGGCCGUAUGCGGCGGCACCCAUGGGAACGAGCUGUCCGGUGUGUAUGUGGUGCAGGAGAUGGAGCGACAGCAGAAAGAGAAAGGCGAGGGUGCGUGGCCGAUUCCUGUUACAACUGUGCUGUCAAACCCAAGGGCUGUGAAAGAGUGCAGAAGAUACAUUGACACUGAUAUGAACCGCUGCUUCAGCAGAGACACGCUGAGUUCUCCUAUUACAGAGAGCAGCCCGUAUGAAGUCCGGCGUGCACAAGAACUGAACAAUCUGCUGGGGCCUAAAGGAUCCUCAGAUGCAAUAGACUUGAUCUGUGACCUUCAUAACACCACGUCUAACAUGGGUCUCACACUCAUCCAUUACACAUCCAGUGACUGGGUGACCCUGCACAUCUGCAGAUACUUACAGACUAAGAUAACCAAAGUGCCUGUGAGAGUGCUGGUACUGGAUGUCCCGAUUAGUGAUGCUUAUUCCUUGGAGUCUGUGUCCAAGCAUGGCUUUUCAAUAGAGGUAGGGCCGCAGCCGCAUGGAGUUGUCAGAGCUGACAUCUAUAUCAUUAUGAAAGAGGCUGUCGACUUGACAAUAGACUGGAUCCACAAAUUCAACUCAGGAACGGUGUUUGAAGGCGGGGAUAUGGAAACCUUUAGGUUAAUCAAAAGUGUUGAUUAUGCCAGAGAUCCAGAGACUCGGUCUCUCACCGCUGCCAUUCAUCCUCAGCUGCAGGACAAAGACUUCUGUCUUCUCAAGCAGGGAGACCCUUUAUUUUUGUCAUUUUCUGGAGAAACUGUGAACUACGAGGAAGAAGAGACACUUCAUCCUUUCUUUAUCAAUGAGGCUGCUUACUAUGAAAAGGGAAUCGCUUUUCACGUGGGAAAAAAGAUGAUGCUGACGAUUCCAACGGUGCAAGUGCAGAAAGACUGAAGGAUGAGAGAGGAAAAUAUAUUAAACUCCGCACAAUUACCAGCAUCAA